AUGCUGUCCUUUAUUCUGAUCCAGAACCGCCAGGGCAAGACCCGUCUUGCGAAGUGGUACGCACCAUAUAGCGAUGAUGAGAAGAUCAAGCUCAAAGGCGAGGUGCACCGCCUCGUCGCGCCGCGCGACCAGAAGUACCAGUCCAACUUCGUCGAGUUCCGCAACAACAAGAUCGUCUACCGCCGCUACGCCGGCCUCUUCUUCUGCGCCUGCGUUGAUACCAACGACAACGAGCUGGCAUUUCUCGAGGCCAUCCACUUCUUCGUCGAGGUCCUUGACGCUUUCUUCGGCAACGUCUGCGAGCUCGACCUUGUCUUCAACUUUUACAAGGUCUACGCCAUCCUUGACGAGGUAUUCCUCGCCGGCGAGAUUGAGGAGACGAGCAAGCAGGUCGUGCUGACGAGGCUGGAGCACUUGGAUAAGCUGGAGUAA